AUAAAUUUUCAAUUUUAUCAUGUGAUUUUUUCUGUAUUAAAACGACGUAAAUUACACCCCUCCAUAUGACAUUGCAAACUUUCAAAAUUUCAGUCACUACCAUUGAAUGAAAAUUGGUAUCAUAUCUUGAAUGUUGUAUCAAGACUAAUAAUUUAUUUAAGUUUACAGACUUCCACUAAUAUUUCAGAUGCUGAGACAACUGUUUCACAAGCCAUGUUUCCUGAUGAGUCAGACGGCGUUUGUGUCACCUCGCCUACACUCGGCCACCCAUUUGCUUCCAGCCUCGCACCACACAUGCUUCAAGCGUGACACCUGUGUGGUGAAACAAAACAAGCAGCGCUCCCUGCAUACGGCCAACACGAGUCUCAAGCAGAAGCUCGACUUGCUGACACUCGUGCAAACGGCUCGCUCGAAUGUGGGCGCCGUGCAGAUGCGAGACAUCAAGAAUGCACCGUUGCCGGUCUUUUGGUGCGGUGUUGCCGGAUUGAUUCCCUACAUGGCGCCGGUUGUAGUGCAGGUGUUCACCGGUUACAUGCCGUUGCUAGGCACCGCUCAGCUGAUGUACAGCGGCACAAUCCUCUCGUUCCUGGGCGGACUGAAGUUUGGCAGCAUGAUCCACUGCGACAAGGCCGACUGUUCGUGGGCCAACAUUGGCCUGGCAACUGUGCCGGCCGUGUGGGCGUGGUCAGGCCUUCUGCUGCCGGUGGGCUUCGCCCUGCCAGUGGUCGGCUCAGGCCUGUUGGCCUCACUCGUCAUAGACCUGGCAACUAGCAAGUAUCCGCCCUGGUUUGUGGCGCUCAAAUGCGCGCUUACGCUCACUGCCACCCUCUGUGUGCUCCUGUGUCUCAAACAGUUCAUCUUCAAUAACCCGCAUUACUAUGAGGCAGUCGAUGCUGACUAAAUCACACGAUAUAAGUCGAAACAAUUUAGUACCUUUAUUCGUUAGUUUCUGCUACAAGUCGGUGGAUGUGAUGAAGAAAAUCUAUACUGAGUACUCAACUUUCUUAAUAUCGUGUAUAAUUUCUUAAUGUCAAGUAUAUAUCUAAUGUUGGAAUAAAUGUAAGUUUCGUCUACAACAGU